GUAGGCAAAAAGCUGCUGGAGGGCGGGCUGAACCCUCCUCGCCCACCAGUUGCGCGCGGGAAACGCAAACAUGCCGACCAGUUGUUGUGCGCUGAAUUGUACUAACCGGAAGGAUAAAGGCAGUAGAAAGAAGUUUUUUAGAAUCCCUGCGGAACCAGGACGAAGGGCUGCAUGGCUUAGAGCCUUAAAAAGGUCAGAUUUUGAGCAGGGAAAGAAAAACCCGACCGCGGCGUGGACACCACGAGGCCACGAGAGAGUGUGCAGCGACCAUUUCAUCUCAGGGAACCCUUCUAAAGACCCUGCAGAUCCAGAUUACGUCCCAAGCUUGUUUAACCUCCCAACCUCAGCAAGUUGCAAUCGUUCAAGAAACCCAGUUGCCAAGAAAGAUCGGUAUAUGCGUGCAGCAAAAAGGCUGCGGGUGUCAUCAGAGAAUGAAGCCCCACCUACAUCACUAAAUGAUGAAGAAAUGAUCGCUGACCCUCCUCCUGAAAGUGUAGAGACUCUGAGAGACCCCCUUCCUGAAAGUGUAGAGACUCUGAGAGAACAGCUCACAAAAGUACAAGAGGAGAAAUGUAAGUUGGAACAGUUUUGCGAGUCCCUUCAAAGUGAAGCUGACAACCUUAGGGAAGAACGUGAUCACCUUCAAGAACAAAUCAAGAAAUCAUCAACAUCAGCCUCCAAUCUCACAGAUGCAAAAUGCAAGCUCUUCACUGGAAUACCUACUGUUGCACUGUUUAUGUUUGUGUUUAGACUUGUUAGUGAUUUCAUUGCUCCUCUAAAGUCCAUGUGUCAGCAGGAUCAAAUACUCAUGACUCUCAUGAAGUUGAGACUAGGCCUCAAAAAUGCUGAUCUAGCUUUGAGAUUUAGUGUUUCUGCCUCCACAGUUUCAAAAGUCAUAAACCGUUGUAUUCCAAUCUUAGCUGUCCGACUAAAGUUCCUGAUUCAUUGGCCGUCCAAGGAAACCGUAAAGCGCAAUCUUCCCAAAAAAUUUCGGAAAAAAAAAUACUCAAACUGUAGAGUCAUCAUUGAUUGCUCAGAGAUUUUCACUGAGAGGCCAUACAAUUUAAAGACCCGAGCAAAGACCUGGAGUAACUACAAACACCAUCAUACGUUCAAAUUUCUGGUAGGUAUUACACCUUAUGGAGCAGUGUCAUUUCUGUCCAGUUCCUGGGGUGGAAGAAUUUCUGAUAAAGACAUUACGCUAAAAAGUCGUUUCUAUAACAAAGUGGAAUAUGGUGAUAUGAUUAUGGUAGAUCGGGGAUUCACCAUUUCUGAGGAACUUGCCCUGAAAGGAGCAACACUAGUUAUGCCACCAUUUACCACAGGAAGGACACAACUCCCGGGGCGUAUCGUCCAAGAUGCCAGACAGAUAUCAGCUCUAAGAAUUCAUGUAGAACGUGCAAUUGAAAGAAUCAAGAACUUCCAAAUUCUCAGCCAAAUCUGUCCAUUAACAUUUGCCCCUCUACUCAGUGACAGUGUUGUUAUCUGUGCGGCUCUUACAAACUUACUUCCAAAGCUAAUCAAGUAAUUUUUAAUGGCAAUGUUGUCUGCACGAGCUGGCCUUUUCUGUAUAUCAAAAUACUGAGAUUGAAGGUAAAAUGUUAAAGGGACACAAAACAAAUUUUUGGGAAGCCCACUACAAUAUAAUAAGUAUACCACAAAGUACAAUUCUUACUUGUUUUACAUUAGUUUUUUAAAACAUGACAUAAAACUGUAAAAUGCCUUCUAUUGUUAUACUAGUAUUUUUAGUAUUUCAAACUGUCCAGUAGGAUUUAGCAUUGACAACUGGGACAGAACCAAUGGCCCCUUGGUUUUCUCUUGAUGCCAACACAUUUGUAAUGGAACCAUUCUGACUCACAUUCAUUGUUAUCACACUUUACCAUCCUACCAUAUGCUGGUUUCUGACAAGAACAGUAACGUUUGUUUGGGUCAUCAUCUUCCUGGAAAGUCACAUCUACUCCAGAGUCUCCACACUGUAACUUGUGGGUCAGUAUCUCAGGGAUAAGACUGGACUUUACAAACUGGACACAUGUAGACAACAUUACAUUUAACAGUGACUGGUCCCUUGGAACAUUUACUACAACCAUGCCUGCAUUAGUCCACACUACAAAAUCACAUGUUGAGACACCGGUAACCAGCAUAUGUGUCUGGACUUGGGUGUAAUAUCUGUGCCCUGUCUUUAGCUUACAAUCCUUAUCUAAACAGUAGUUGGCAUCUGAUAGACACAGAUCUGCAGCAGGAUAGAUGUCCCUGUACUUGUAUGGGCACUUGAUCUCAAUCACAGUUCUUCCAUGGCAUGAACACUGUCUCAUCCCAUCAGGAGAUGCACCUAUAUAUACAACAGUAAUGUUCAAAUUAGUGGCAAAGUUUCUGAUAUUUCAAACAUGAACAUAAUGUACUUACUUUUGAUACUUGCCAAAUGCUGCAAAUGGCACAUAUUCACUUGGUACGAAUACAGUGCAAUUGUUAAAACAAGUACAUGUAUUUCAUUGUUACAUCAACAAAAUCAUAAGUCAAUUAGACAUUGUGUAGUUGGUACUCAAUUACAUGUACUAUACUUCAUAAGUUUGAAGUAAGAGCCAAAAUUAGCUAUACCUAUGAAGGGAAAAUCCUUGUAGAGAAUGAGCCCCACUUCCUCCAAUUUCACAUCCUUGCAGAUGCACAAGGUAGCUUCCAGGUACUGUUGCCUUGCCUUCUCCUCCUGUUUCAUCCCCCAUUGUAUAGCUGGAACCUGAAAGUGAAAUUCCCUAUUUAGAAUUUCUGACAUAGAAAGCACAAAUGAAUUACAUCUCUAAUAUGACACUAUCUCGCAUUGACUGAACAUUUAGACUGUCACACUUUGCAGAAAUAUUUAGACUCCUGGUAUUGUUUAAAUCCAAAUAAAGAUCAGAGCUACACUUGCUCUGGGAUUAUUAUGGUACAUGUUCCAAUA